GUGAUAGUGUCCAAGAUGGCGGACUUAAGACUCUUCAAUAUAAUUGUUUUGGGGUUCUCGUUUAUGUUGAUAUUUACCGCAUUUCAAACAUGUUCUAUGGUUGAGAAAACUGUUCUAGAUAGUGCAGGGGGAUUUUCUGGACAUGCAUAUACAAGUUUAGGCAUCCUGUAUGCAGUCUUUUCAAUUUCAAACUGGGCUGCCCCAUCAUUUGUAACAGCUGCUGGUCCACGGGUUUCUUUAUUUUUUGGAUCAUUACUUUACGUUCUAUUUGUAGCAUCAUUUCUCAAGCCAAUGGUAUGGGCACUAUAUCUUGGAUCAGUUUUAGUUGGAUUUGGAGCAGCAGUUUUAUGGACAGCUCAAGGAAAUUUUCUUACAAUCAACUCUAAUGCAGAGACUGUUGCACGUAACAGUGGUAUAUUUUGGGCACUUUUGCAAUGCAGUCUCCUCAUUGGAAACCUUUACAGCUAUUUUGUUUUUCAAGGAAAAUCAGAAAUAUCAGAAUCUGAACGUACAAAAUUGUUUGCUGCACUAACUGGAGCAGGUCUUCUUGGAAGUCUUUGCUUACUUAUAUUGCGUCGGCCAAGAGUUGAUGACACUGACAAUGUACUUAAUUUGAAUGCCAGAACUAUUUGUUCAUGUUGCAGUGCCAUCCAUUCACCCCCCUCACCUCUCGCCACAUUAAAGAGAUCCUUUCAGCUGCUCAGAACCAAAGAAAUGAUGCUACUUUCAUUGGCCUUUGCCUACACAGGUUUGGAACUCACAUUCUUUAGUGGAGUGUAUGGGUCAAGCAUAUCUCACAAUCAACAUUUUGGAAGUGAGGCCAAUGGCUUGCUGGGGAUAUCUGGAAUUUUCAUUGGUGUUGGGGAGAUUUUGGGUGGAGCUUUGUUUGGGCUAUUAGGAAAGAAAACAAAUGCACAUGGAAGAGAUCCCAUAAUUGUAUUGGGAUAUGUUGUUCAAAUUACAGCUUUUUUCCUGAUAUUUCUGGAUUUGCCUCAAAAUUCUCCCAUUGAUUUAACUAAUCAACCUACAUAUAUUACUUCAAACAAAUAUGUUGCAAUUCUGUGUAGUUUUCUUCUUGGAUUUGGUGACAGUAGUUUUAAUACGCAGCUGUACUCAAUCCUAGGCUUCAUGUUCCCAGAGGACAGUUCUCCUGCUUUUGCACUAUUUAAAUUCGUACAGUCCAUUGCAGCUGCAGUAGCGUUUUACUAUAGUAAUGUGUUGUUGCUGGAGUGGCAGCUCCUGAUACUUGUUGUCAUGGGGACAUUGGGUACAAUGGGAUUUAAUAUAGUGGAGUGGAGUUGCACACGAGCUUCAAGAAGUGGCUACCAGAGCAUAUGACAGGAGGACGAUUUAGGGGUAGAAAAGGCCAUUUCUGCAAACAACAUUGAUGCUGAAGAACAAUACCCCACAAUUUUAUGAUAUUAUUUAGCCCAAAACAUAUAUUUGCCAUAAAUGUAAGGUUAAAAGACACUUUUUUUUUUUCUAAAAAUAGUCUUUUUACCUUCUAACAUGACUAUUUCUGGUUUGAAAUGGGUGCAUUUUUAAAUGCUGUUUGUUACAGAUUUUUUUUUUUGUUUGACAAAUUAUUAGUAAAAACAGCAAUUAUUUUCAUUUUGUACAAAUGUGUUAAUAUUUUGUUUUUAAUGAAGAAUUGUUUAAUGUGUAAUGGCAGUGUAAGAAGUAUUUUGUGAUAAUUUUUUAAACAUUGUCUUUCAAGUAUGUUGAUAAAAAAUACUGACACACACAAGUUAUGCAUGACAUUUUAAUAUAAAUAAAUCUUAUGAUACAUGUUUUUUUUUCACAGAUAAAUACUUUAAUUGUGCCUUAAAACAUUAUCAAAUAAGUACAAUGUAGAACAGAAUAUAAGACUGAAUACAUAUUAAAUUUUAGGUAUAUUUCUAAUUGAAAGUCAAAGCCAUAUUGUAAUAUAUAAUUUUAUAAAUGCAUUUUUAUCUUUGAAUGUACUUAGCUAAAUGUGUAAUAAAAUGUAUAUGAUAAUUAAUUUUACAUCACAUUUUAACCAAUAAACCUUGUAUUUUAACUUAACUUAAACUUUUGACACCCUGAAAUUACAAGCUUAUAAUAAUGUAUAUUGGACGGACCAUUAGAACCUUGUUAAAGUUGUUUUACUUUAAGUAAAAAAAAAUAAUUGUAUAUUGAACUAAGGGUACAUUUUAAAUCUCACAAAAUGUAAAUAUUUAUAAAUUGUAUGUAUAUAUAUAUUUAUAUGUGGCAGCUGAUGCAAAUAUGCAAAGGCUUACCUUACUUUAUUUUAAAUAUUAAAAUUUUUUAUUUGGGCAAAUGUAGCUUUAACUGUUUCUGU